CGGUGGAAUUUCCCAGGUUACAGCAGAGACCACUUCCGCAAUUAGUGUCUGGGCAAAUCGAAGGAGUCGCUGAAGCGGAAAGCCGUCUCUUCUUCUAAUCAAUAAUGAACGAAGAAAGAAAGAGAGGCCGAAAAGACGGCAGAUUCCCAGCACCAUGCCUGGUAAGUGAAGCGGUGGCGAUGGAAGGAAAAGGGCCCUAUCGUAUCUACGACCCAGGCGGGGUUGAGGCUAAGGCCAGAGAGGCCAGGGAGGAGGGCAGCAGCAGUGGAGUGGGAAGCUACAGACAACUACUGGAAGAGAACAGCGUUCUCAGAGAGAGGAUGAAGGGACUCAAGAGUUUAGGAGACCUGUUGGAGGAGUCUCAGUCGGAGGCGUCUACGUUGCGUCAGCGUGUCGAGGAGCUGGUCAGAGACAACGAGGCCCUGAAGUCUUCUACCUCCAGCUUCAGUAUGGGACGACCUGUUCAGACUGAGACACAGGGUCAGGGGAAGCUUCACCGCCAGCCCAGUAUGGACCAGAGAGAGAGUCGGCCGUGUUUCUCAACGGGGAAGGCCCUACAUCAUGAGCAGCCCAGUGAAGGUCUGUCAGAGUUUGAGGUGGUGAACAUGGAGGAGAGGACCUCCGAUACCCAGACGACUGGUACGGGAGCAGGGCAGCUGCCUCCGGAGAACCAGGAGUUAGCCAGCCAGCUGCAGCGUCUAGAAGGCUCCUUCAGUAUCUUUGCUGAGGAGUCCAACCCCAACCAACUCCUAGCCCACCUGGGACGCAUGGCCGUCGAGUUCCACCACCUCUCCUCCAAGGUCCAGAAGAAUGAGCAGAGGACGUCCCUCCUACAGACUCUUUGUGAACAGCUCAGACAGGAGAACAAUGAGCUGAGAGAGAAGAUGGAGGAGGACCUUCAGUACAGAAACGGAGAACUGCUGCGUCACUGCAGACAGGAGAACCUGAAGCUGAAAGAGCUGGUAACGGGAGGAGGAGAUACUGCAACGGAGAGCGAGGGGCAGCCAGAAGCCAAAGAAGAUGUGGUGAAAGAGGAAACUGCCAGCGUUAGAUCCAAGAUGGAGGUCAGCACACCACAGAAGCAGAGUGGGAAAGCCCCAGAGAAGGAGAAAGCCCCGGCCAAGCCCUGUGACCCAGAGGCAUACGAGAAGAAGAUCAAGCUUCUAGAGAAGCAGAGGAAAGAUGUUCUGGACGUGAACAAGCAGUGGGAUGUCCAGUGGAACUCUAUGAAGUCCCAGUUUGAACAGAAGAUCACAGACCUGCGUCAGCGGCUGGCGGACUCCCAGAAGGCCGUGCAGGAGCUGGAGGCGGAGCGAGAACACAGCCAGCGGGACUACGAUAAGAAGCUGCUGCUUGCCAAGUCCAAGAUCGAGAAUGUCCAGGGGGAGAAGGAGUGUCUGAACUCUGAGACCACAGAGUUGAAGCAGAAGGUUCGUUACCUGCAGGAUCAGCUGCUGCCCCUCAGUAAACAGAGAGGGUACCAGGAGAAGGAGAUCCAGCGCCUCAACAGGGCUCUAGAGGAGGCCCUGAACCUGCACCCUCACCCCUCCUCCUCCUCCCAGCAGCCACCGGGCCAGGGCACCAGCGGUAACCACGGCGAAGGGCCUAGUAACUUGAGGAGCCAGGAGCUGCUCACUCAGAUAUUAGUGUUAAAGGAACAGGUGAAGAUCUUUGAGGAAGACUUUAGGAAAGAGCGGAGCGACAGGGAACGAAUGAACGAGGAAAAGGAGGACUUGAGGAGACAGGUGGAGAGACUGCAGGGUCAGAUGACCAACCUCACCAAUCAGCUUCACCCGGCCCAGAACGAGUGUUCGAGAGAGAGAACAGAGAGAUGCAAGCUGGAGAGACCACAGAUGCAGCAUCAUAAACGG